CUCCCAGCGCGAACACUAAUGGACACGUGUCGACCUGAAAAUACCAUUUUAAGCUUGCAAAAUCUUUUUUUUUUCUCCAAGAAAGACACGUCACCCCAUUGAUAUAUCCGUCCAAGCCUCUCAUCUUCUCGUCCUCCCCUUCCACACCCGUGUUCCUCGUCUUCCCCACCUAACGGCCCAAACCCUUAUCCUAACGAUGACGACGACGGAGAAUAGAACGGCGGGGUGGGCGAGCUUGAGCUGGGACUUGACGGAGUUGAUACUUUCCUACCUACCCCUCCGCUCGAUCGUCCGGGCCGGCGCCGUCUGCCGUCAGUGGCGUGCGGUGGUGACCGACCCCGCCUUCGCCGCCCGCGCCGCCGCGACGCGCCAGCGAAGGCCCUGGUUCUUUCUCUGCGGCCAGAACAACGUCGUCCUCCGCAAGAACCAGGCCUUUGGCUUCGACCCGGACGCCGGAGAAUGGGUCGCCCUGCCCCCCUCCCCGCACCCCUCCGCCGCCGCCCACGUUGACUGCUUCUCGGGCGCCGGCGGAUUCUUCUUCGCCACCACCUCCUCCACCCGCUUCUGCUACGCGCCCCUCCUCCGCGGUCCCUGGCGCGAGACGUCCCCGCUCCACUUCUCCCGCUGCAACCCCCUCGUCGGCGUCUUCGCCGGCAGCGGCCGGCCGCGGUUCAUCGUUGCCGGCGGUGCGCGUUUCGUAGGGGGGCUCGUCGACAUCGAGGACCGACUCGCGGUGGAGAUCUACGACACGGCGUCGGAUUCCUGGGAGCUGUGCCCCCCACUGCCGCCGGACUACCGGGGUGGGAACUCGUCCCAGUGGCUCUCGGGCGCGCUCCUCGAUGGGCGGCUCUUCUUCGUGUUCGGGAUCUACUCCUGCUCCGUGGCAGCUUUCGACCUCGGGCGGCGGGCAUGGACCGGGGUCCGGACCCUCCAGCCGCCGGGGGUUCUCUUCUCCUUCCUGCUCGCCUGCGGCGACCGCCUCGUCCUCGCCGGCCUCUGCAACAGCCCCGACGGGCCGCCUUGCUUCGCGCUUUGGGCGGUGGACCCCCGGACCAUGGACUUCGCGGAGAUCGCCGUGAUGCCGCACGACCUCCUCGCCUCCCUCUUCGACACCGACGACGACGACAACAAGUUCGCGAGCCUCAAGUGCGUCGGCCUGGACGGCCUCGUCUACGUCUUCAACGAGGACCACCACAAGGCCUACCCGGCCUGCGUCUGUGAGAUCACCACCACCACCACCUCUUCCUCGGCCCCCUUGACGCAGAAUCUGACGUGCAGGUGGAGCAAGGUUCCGCCUUUGCCGGGGACUGUGAACCGCUUCCACAAGGUGAUAGCUUUCUGCUCCCCUGUUGUGCUGCGUGCUGUGCUGGCCCCCGGUGGAGGAGUUCACUAGCUUCUUCUCAUCAUCACUCUUCUCUAGGUCGGGGUUGAUGAGUUUCCUGUGCUUCUUCUACUUCUUCUUCUUUCUUUUUAUUUUUUUCCUGCCUUUUAUUUAUUUUACUGUUUAAUGCUGGAUUUUAACUAUCUAGAUGAGUGUUAUGAGUCGAUAAUGUGUUUCUAUUUGUUCUGAAAGAAGAUAGGUUGUAAUUAUAUGACAAUUUACAAAUGAAUAAUUUUGGUAAUUCCCUUGGAA